AUGGCAGAGCCGGGGCCCGCAAGAGCUGUCCUGCUAGAUGUUGAUGUAUGUUUAAACAUUACUUGUAUCUCCCCAGAGGGGCACUGUGGAAGAGACGUCACAAGCAGCCAUCGAGGAGGUCGGCUUUCCCUUUCCACUAUAGCCUUUAUGCUCGUUGCAACUUGUCCCAACUAUAGAGGAACAAGACUCUUCAUCCUCUGCACAGCCUGUCUGACCCAAUCACCUACUCAACUUGUCACAGGAUAUGCAAUGCCAAGGAGCCACAACAUCAAGCUUCAGUUACCACCCUGGAUAAAAUACCACCAGACUGUCUCGCAGCCUGGCUCAGAUGGAAGAGCCUACUUGGAGUCGCAGAUAGAGCUGGGGCUCACCAUCUCAUGGCACCGGCGAGUGGCCUGUGAGCUGAACCUUUAG